GGAGGCUUUGGUCGUCCUUUGACUCUUCUUCGCAGCUGAUAUUCAACCACUGAGGCUGACUCCACUUGUCAGAUUUUUACCCCUCUGCAGAAUCCCUCCGUUUCCCAUACGAGCGCCAGCUGGAAGUUGGACUCUAUCCUCUCCAGGGCGCACUCAGCGCGGGUUCAUCGGACCCGGCACCUGGCCGAGGUUCGACUCCACGCCGAGAACGGAGUGCGGUUAAAAGUACCGUGCGCGUUUAGAGUAUGGCCCUGUGCGGAGCAAAGGUGACCUGGUUCUUGGGGCCCAAACUGUACUCGGAGGCCCCUGACGGAGGAUGGGGAUGGGUGAUCUCUGUGGUAUUUUUUGUGGUGGAGACUUUCACAUAUGGUGUCAUCAAGACCUUUGGGAUCUUCCUCCAGAGUAUGAAGGACGAGUUUGGCGAGUCCAACAGUCGGGUCUCGUGGGUCAUUUCCAUCUGUGUGUUUAUCAUGGCCUUCAAUGGUCCUCUUUCUUCAGUGAUGACUAACCGUUUUGGCUUCCAGUUUGUGGUUAUGAUUGGAGGAUUGCUUAUAUCCACGGGCACCAUUGCAACCAGCUUUACUAGUUCACUCAAUCAGAUAUACAUUACCUAUGGAUUGGUUACAGGUCUAGGCUACUGUCUGACAUUCCUGCCCACUGUAACCAUACUUUCCAAGUACUUCAGUCGGCGGCGCCCUCUGGUCAUCGCUCUGGCUUCUACUGGGGAGUCCUUCGCAAUGUUUGCCCUAGCACCAGCCUUUUCUGUUUUAAGAGACAAAAUUGGCUGGCGACACACCAUGGUAGUGAUCGGAGCGCUGCAAAGCAUCAUCGUCGUCUGUGGCGCACUGCUUCGUCCAAUCAUUAUUCAACCUGGAUCAAUCCAAAGCACAGAGACAGGCACGUUUUCCCCAAAAGAGCUGGAAGCACUCAAGUCACAAGAGAAUGGUGGCAGUUUGGUUCUCGAGAACUUUAAGACAAAGAAUAAUGGGCUAAAUGGCGAAUCUGUGAGCACUAGCAACUCAGGCGUCCGGUCAUUCAAAGACAGCAGAACAAACGAGGAGAACACUUUACUGGACAAAGACGCAAAGUUAGAGAGAGGUCCAAGCACUUUGGGAAAAAUUAAAGAAUCAGAAACAGAAGAACACGCAAAGGAUGGUGGAAAGUCAGUGGAUAUCGAAGAAGGUGCAACACCAGGCAAUAUGAAGCUAUCUGCAGCAAAUUCUAAACUCCUGGACUUCUCCAUCCUCAAAGAGUGCAGCUUCAUCCUCUACUCUCUGUUUGGACUGUUUGCCACUCUGGGCUUCUUCGCCCCUCCGCUCUACAUCAUCGAGCUGAGCGUGAGCCGCGGCAUGGAGCGAGAGCAAGCCACCUACAUGCUGUCCAUCAUGGCUGUGGCUGAAAUCUUGGGCCGAUUCUCCAUCGGGUGGGUCCUUUCCCGGGCCGUGUUCAGGAAGAGGAAGCUUCUGGUGCUCCUGGUGUGCGUGAUCAUGAUGACUGUGGACUUGGUGGGAUUUACUUUGGUAACAGAGUUUUACGGCCUGGCUGUGUGUUGUGGACUGUACGGCUUCUUCAUGGGAACCCUGGCGUGCACCCACAUCCCCAUGCUGGCCGAAGAUGAGGUGGUUGGUGUGGAAAGGAUGUCUUCAGCAGCUGGUGUCUAUGUUUUCAUCCAGAGCUUUGCUGGACUGGGUGGACCACCACUUGGAGGUGUGCUGGUGGAUUUAACUCAGAACUAUGGAGCGGCGUUCUAUUCCUGCGCAGUGGGCAUGGGACUGGGCGCUGUGUUCCUGGGUUUGGUUAGACCUGCUAAAAAAGGAUUCACCUGCAGGAGGAGAAACUUAGAACACUCUGCAGUCGAACAUGAAAGGAACCCUGGCUACAAAGAAGUCAGUGGAGAGAAGCAACUGGACAAGAGAACUGAGUCUGCACAAGACAGCUCUGAGACAGACGGCAAACAAGACAUCGGUCAGGGAGGAGCCACAAGAGAUGUCCAGGAGGUUACAGCUCAUCACUGAGCUAAAAACGCACAAGGGAAAGAACAAAUCAAUGAAUGUAAAAGAAUAAGGGGAAAAAUUCUGGAUGCAGUAAAGAGAAGGACCAACACUUGAAUGAGGGGAGCCUCCCUAAAGUGUUAGAUCAAAAUAUGGAGUUGUGCCUCAAGUAUGAUGUACCAACCAGUAUUUUUUACAAGUUCCUAGGCCAAACCUGAAAAUGAAUGUUUUUUUAACCUAUUAUCUAGACAAGCUUUUUUCAACAGUGCCAGGAGAUGUCACACAAUGGCAUGUCCUCACAAUCCAUGAGUUUUUGGUGUAAAGUUAGUUACUGUAGUUUCUUUUAUCAAUAAGAGGCCUAACGCUGAAGCAGUUUACACCACCUGUUAAUCAGUAUAACCACCGAUGGAAACUGCAAACAAAAUAUGCUGCACACAUUCUAUUGCACUUAAUUGAGAGGGGGAAAAUAAAACUCAGGACAAUGUAACCAAAAGUAAUUGUUUUUUAAUCAAACCUUUGUCAAACUGAUUUAAUCUGUGUCAAAUGUUAUUUUUUUUUUAGCUAAAAUGUGUUCCACUAC